CGCACGUCUCUACACGGACCAAUUAAUCAAAUUAAAAUGACGAUUUUGGAUCUCACGACAUAAAGAAACUAAUUUAAAAAAAUAAAAUGUCAAGUAAUACAUGAGAUUGGCGCGCGUCUUUUUUUAUUUGAAUUCGCGCGGGAUUUCGUUCGUUAAAAUGACAGUUCUGAUAUGUCAAUUCAAGAGGUACAUUAGUGAUGUGAAACAUAUGUUCUUGUUGAUAGUGCUUUUGAUGUUUCUGGACAAUUUGCCGCUAAGGUGUAAGGCUGAUGAUUAUGAAAGAGAAGCAAGAAAACUCUUCGGUGGGUACAAAAUAACACCCUCGUACUGCAAAGCGAACAGAGCAGCCAAAUAUAACAGAGGCAACACGAUAUGCAUGUUCAACCACGAAUGUGUUCAUAGAGGCGGCGAAGUAGUAGGAGCCUGUAUGGAUGGAUUCCUUUUUGGAGCCUGCUGUCAACUUCCAUUGGACUCCCAAUCCCACAUACCUAAAGGCCCCGGGGUUGUAAUGACAAGCUACUUGGACUACCCUGAACCUGAGACAGAAACGGAAGAUUAUGACGGUGAACAACUGAGUGCUUGGCACAAUAGCUUCAAACCUAUCGUCACACCAGGGUAUAAACCUUCUAAUCAACCUUCAACAUCAACAUCAACUGUAAAAAGUGAAUUAGACUUAAGCACAGAAAGCCAACACAUCAUCAAUGAAGGACUCAGCCAAAUUACUAAUACAUUACUGAAUGCUCCACCAAAAGAUAACACAUUUAUUUAUGCUAAACCAGAUAGUGUUUAUACUCACAGUUCAAUUAAUCAUGCGGUAGCAGAAACUAUACUAUUCCAUGAAAAUGGUUCAGAAGUUAUCGAUAUAGCGAGACCUUCAGAUUUUAAUAUACAAAUAUCAUCAAUGCAAACUAAACCAACCGUUCCGCCUACAACUACAUCGGUGUCUUCUCCAUCCAUUAUUGUAUCUACACAUAGACCUAUAUAUAAACCUUUAUUCAAACCAAAACCAUCAACUACAGUAACCACCAAAAGGCCUACAACAGAAAGUUAUGUACCAAUUUCGACAGUUACAAAAGACAAAAUGCCUGAAUUGACCUCUAUAGAUAGCAUAAUACAAAUGCUCAAUGAUAGCACUCCAAGCAUGAAAGAUGGUGUUAGCCCUCCUCCUACUAUGGAUGAAAUGGAAACAAAAUCUUCACCAGGCCCUUCUACCGUUACUCCGGUAUCUUAUAGUAGUAGUUUCCCUAACUACUACAUUUCCACCGGACAUUAUGUUACCCUUAAACCAUCAACAUACCAAAGUACACCAUCUAACACAAAAUAUUCAACUAAAAAACCUUUACUAACUAAAAAACCAUAUGGCAGUACGACACAAAAUAGCAUACCUCAAGACGUAAAACCUAAUAAACCAAACUAUUCAUCGCCUAAACCUAGUCAAUCAACUAGUCAAGAUAUCGAAGCUUUUAAUAGAUAUCCCACGAAUCCGGAAGAUUUUGGAGACUCAGUUACAACGUUUAGUUACGUUAGUUCUACAACAACUUUGAAACCAACUACAACUACAAGAAAACCACCAUCUACAAGCUACGUAACUGGUUCAAAGCCACUGAGACGACCUGUUACUCCACCAACCAAUUUCAUAUCUACAUAUGAUGCUAAUGUGGAUACAUUCUCAAGUGUGACACCAACCGUUAUAGUACUAAAUGGUCUCAGUACUAAACCUGACACUGCAUCACAAGAAACACAAUUUGUUGAGAUAUCCCAAGAACCAUUCAAGAAACCAGUCAGUCAAAUUACAGUUAACAACCAUAUAGAGUCAACAAAUAACAUAUUUGUAGGAAAACCUCCAGCAAAAGAUAAACCAAAACCUAAACCCGUGACGUCAUAUACAAAUCCAUCUUCACCAACAGUAGUUAUAACCCCAAAACCAUCCCCUACUACUCCUUUCCCAAGCAAAGUAUCUACUCGCCCGGUACCAGUAUCGUCAAUAGACCCAAUUUUUGAUUCCUAUACAGAUUAUCCAACUUCGACAGUCAAAAUAGAAAUGCAAACAUCCUCUGAUGACCUUAUAAACUUCCCACCAGUAAGGAAUCCUUUGCUAAACGCAACUGGAUCUAACCCAAGUGUUUUUAAUACAAGCGUCGCCAUGUCUGAUAACGAAUUAGAUAUUCUGCAGGAUAUAGAUUUCACAACACCAACAUGGCACCAAGACGAUAAACUAAAUGAGAAAAUGAACCUGUUUGUUAAUAAAAUUGUUGGUAGUUUACAAGGGACAUUCCAAGAGCUGCAUGAUAUAGUUAUUCUCGAUAAGAAACCGAACGCUACUCUGGCUAAAACAACUACUGCAAAACCUCCGAAAAAAACUCUACCAACCAGAAAACCAUUGACGACAACAAAAAAACCGAUUAGGCUGACGACUCCUAGAAAACCUUUGAAAACCACGAAGAAACCGGUAAAAUUAAGUACAUCUGCUAGAAGACCCACGACCACUACUCCUGUCCCGACAACCACAACGAUAACUACGACCACAACAAAAAAACCGAUCACGACGACAAAGAAAGCAAAGCCUACGAAGAAAGUUACUACAACCACAUUCACGACCACAGUAACUGAGUUAGCUGACGAAGUCACCACUGAAGGUUAUUCUGAACCUAUUGACUACAGUGAUAAAAACCUAUGCGGUGUCCGCCCUUUAGUUAAAUCAGGAAGGAUAGUGGGAGGCAAGAACGCUAGAUUUGGUGAAUGGCCUUGGCAAGUGCUAGUGAGGGAAUCCACGUGGCUAGGUCUUUUUACCAAGAACAAGUGCGGUGGAGUACUGAUUACUAAUAGAUAUGUGACUACCGCUGCUCAUUGCCAACCUGGAUUCCUAGCAUCUCUUGUCGCUGUGUUCGGGGAGAACGAUAUUUCUAGUGACGUGGAAUCGCGCAGACCAGUUUCAAAGAACGUAAGAAGAGUAAUAGUGCACAGGCAGUAUGACGCAGCGACCUUCGAGAAUGAUCUUGCUCUUUUGGAACUGGAUACGCCUGUACAAUUUGAUGCGCAUAUAGUGCCAAUAUGCAUGCCACCUGAUGAUGGAGACUACACGGGGCGGUUCGCAACGGUGACUGGGUGGGGACGACUCAAGUAUGGCGGAGGAGUGCCAUCCGUGCUUCAGGAAGUUCAGGUUCCUGUGAUAGAAAACAGCGCUUGCCAAGAGAUGUUUCAUACAGCAGGUCACGGGAAGAAGAUCCUGAACUCAUUCAUCUGCGCCGGCUAUGCGAACGGGCAGAAGGACUCUUGUGAAGGUGACAGCGGCGGUCCUUUAGUACUACAACGUGAUGAUGGAAGAUGGCAACUCGUUGGAACUGUGUCACACGGCAUCAAAUGUGCAGCGCCUUACCUACCCGGCGUGUACAUGAGGACUACAUAUUACAAACCUUGGCUAAGAUCUAUAACAGGCGUUCACUGAGAAUAACAGAGUUCCAUAGUAUUUUGAAUGGUUUCAAUUAGUUCGGUAAAGUUUAAUUCGGUUCCUGAUAUGAGAUUCUUUGAUUUAAAUAUUUCUUAUUACCUAAACCCGGUCCCUUUUGUGGUUUAGUCGGAAAUUAUUUAUUUCCUGUUACACACCCUUGGAUUCGCAAAACCACUAUGUAUUUUGAAUCGGUUGACAUAGUCCCAUAAGUUUUAUAAAGUCCCUUAAAUUAUAUUUGGAUUCCAUAUUCCGUAGACCGUAGGUGGAAUAUUAAGUUACGUUACAUGUAAAUGUGCUUAGAAAUAUUAUCAGCGUUCACUGGUUUUACCAGGAUUCGAUGAUAUUUUAAGUGG